AAGCCAGAGGAAACAAGAAUUACGGUCAGUGUGAGCUUGUUCCGCUUUUCAUCAACUCUCGGAUGCGCACAGCUCUAACUUCCUCGUACCAGACCAGCACGCCGAGCUGUGUCGCCCCAUCUGUAACCUAACCCGGAGAGGAAAGCGACUGGACAGGGAUGGACCUUACAUAAAAUGAAAUGAGGAAUAAUUUUUACACGGCCAUCCGAAUCUAAAAGACCAUAUACAACCGCACGAGAUUUAGUCCAAGUGGUCGACGCGUGAAGGCACCAUGGGCUGCGUGGGCUCGAAAAAGGAGCAGGAGCCUCUCAGCAAAGGGACAGUGAACAAUGAGCUGCAGAACCGUGCACAGACAGCCCACUAUGUCAAAGACCCCACUGCAGGAAACUCUGGGAGCAAAGCUAGCAAAUUGCCAUCCAAUGCAAACUGUUCAGAAGGAGAGAGUAUUGCCAUGGCUCUGUAUGACUAUGAAGCCAUUCACGAAGGAGACCUUGGCUUCAAGAAGGGAGACAGGCUCAAAAUCUUAGAGGAAUCGGGAGAGUGGUGGAGAGCCAUGUUAAUCAGUACAGGUCAGGAAGGUUAUAUCCCCAGUAAUUAUGUGGCCAAAGAUACUCUGGAGGCAGAAGAGUGGUUCUUUAAGGGCGUGAGCAGGAAAGAUGCUGAGAGGCAGCUGCUGGCCCCUGGGAACAAAAUAGGAUCCUUUAUGAUCCGAGACAGCGAGACCACCAAGGGCAGCUACUCAUUGUCUGUCAGGGACAGCGAUGUGCAGGCUGGUGACACGGUUAAACAUUAUAAGAUCCGUACUCUGGACAACGGAGGAUUCUACAUCUCUCCCCGCAACACCUUCACCACCCUGCAGGAGCUGGUCAGCCAUUACAAGAAGCAGGGAGAUGGCCUCUGCCAAACUCUGACCAAUCCAUGCUUGAGCCCCAAACCCGAGAAGCCAUGGGAGAAAGAUGCCUGGGAGAUCCCAAGAUCAUCACUAAAACUGGAUAAGAGGCUUGGUGCUGGCCAGUUUGGAGAAGUCUGGAUGGCUACAUACAAUAAGCACACAAAAGUAGCAGUGAAGACCAUGAAGCCUGGCAGCAUGUCAGUUGAGGCCUUCAUGGCUGAGGCCAACCUGAUGAAGACUCUACAGCAUGACAAACUGGUCCGACUCAAUGCUGUGGUCACCAAGGAGGAGCCUAUCUAUAUAAUCACUGAGUACAUGGAGAAAGGUAGUUUAUUAGACUUCAUAAAAAGUGAUGAGGGCAACCGUGUGCAGCUCCCCAAGCUCAUUGACUUCUCUGCACAGAUUGCGGAGGGCAUGGCUUACAUUGAGCAGAGGAACUACAUCCACAGAGACCUGAGAGCUGCCAACAUCCUGGUCAACAAGGCUUUAGUGUGCAAAAUUGCUGACUUUGGACUUGCUCGUAUCAUUGAAGACAAUGAGUAUACAGCCAGGGAAGGAGCCAAAUUCCCCAUCAAAUGGACAGCCCCUGAGGCUAUAAACUAUGGCUCUUUUACCAUCAAAUCUGAUGUCUGGUCCUUUGGCAUCUUGCUGACUGAGAUUAUCAGCUACGGACGCACACCAUACCCAGGAAUGACCAACCCAGAAGUGAUCCGUUCCCUGGAGAAGGGCUACCGAAUGCAACGCCUGGAGAGCUGUCCAGCUGAACUCUAUGAAAUCAUGCUGGAGUGCUGGAAGAACAAGCCGGAGACCCGUCCCACCUUUGAUUACCUGCAGAGUGUCCUAGAGGAUUUCUACACUGCCACAGAGAGCCAGUAUCAGCAGCAGCCAUGAGACUUUUUCAAUACAUGACUUUACAUUCAUACUUAACUGCAAGUCUACUUUCUACAUGCAGCAGUGCAGUCACCCACACACACACUCUCUCUUUACCAUUUUCUCUCUGUCACUCUUUCUCAUUCUCAUUCACACACAUAAUAUGUGGUUACAAGGGACUGUACAAAAAUUGAUGUGGAGGUUUGAAACAAUAACAUAACCACAACGGAGAAAUUAAGAAAAGUAACAUAUUAUAACAAAAUAUACAGCAUAUAUUACUAUCACUAUUAUUAAUAUUAUGACAACAUAAUCCUACCUCAUACUAAGGUUAAGGGUACAGCAAAACAGAUAAUGUCUGACAAUGUUCUAAAGGCCUGUUUAUACAGUAGGCUAAUAUGACUACAGCUGCUACAGCUGUACUGGAUAUUUAUCUUCACAAAACUGACCAUAAUUACAUCUUUCUGCACACCAGCAGCAGUCUUGCAAAUCGCUGGACAUAUACAGUAUGUGAUAUGUGCAGACAGAUACAUGUAUUAGUUAUAUUUGCAUUCGUUAACAUGGUAAGUGACACACAAAAGAAUGCAUCACAUAAUUUAUUUCUACUUUUAGCAUAGUAAUUUUUUUACUACAAAUUGCACAUAUUUGGAUCACUGUAUUGCAAGACAAAGCUGCACAUCAUUAUGCACAGAAAACAUAAGAGACCUGAGAUUUAAUAUGUCUCUAUAUAGUGACAAUUGGUGGUAAUGAGUCAGUACCAUCACAGAGCCUUGCAGGUGAGGGGUGGGUUGCAAAGCUGUACCCAUGCAGGACAACACAUAUAAGUCAAAAUAGCAAGUGAAAUAAGAAAAAACAGGCAAUCUAACUUUUUCCUACCCGAAAAGAUAAAUAGCCUUCCCAGAUUUCUGCCUUCAAUCCUCAUAAUUUUUGCACAGUCCCUAACAAAACAUUCAGAUACCUUAAAAUAUGUCCUACAUGUUCACCUCUGAUAUUACUGUGUUUAUAGCGACAGUUCAGAAAACAAAUGUGUUAUUGUUCACUCUCCUCCUUCUAAAUGCAGGGGUUUUCACUCUGUAAGGGGAAAUGUGGACUUUGCACGCUGGAAGAUAAAUGGCUGAUCCGCUGUUUAUAUUACAUUUAUAUUUUCCAUCAUACUGUGGAUUCUUUCAACAUUACUCCAUCAUUGUGCCUUUUGCAAUGGUUCUUUUUUCAGUCAUUUUUGAUGUAUUCCAUAUUCUCUGUAUUUAUAAAGCAAUGUACACAGAUAAAUACAAUCAGUUGAGAGUAAACUCUUUAUAAUGUGAAGCUAUAUUAACUAGUAAUGCUUGUUGAUAAUUCUGGCCCAGUUAAUUUUUCCAUUUCUGGUCUGGUCUGGUACGGAAGUAAAUGAACGCAGUGGAUAGAGAUUUUCUUAUCUUUUGGAUUUCUUUUUACUGUUUAAAAAAAUAAUUUAUUUGUGCAAAUAAUAAUGCUCUGAAAAUCAGUGUAUCUUUAACAGAGUGAUGAAAUGAAGUUUUUCUGUCAUUUUUUUAAAUGAAGAACCCGUGACUACUAUUUUUCCACACUGUUUGAUAAUGUGUUUUGGAAUUGUUGGAAGUAGUAAUGUGGACCGAAAUACCAAAAUUUUAAUUGAAGUAUUUUUAAAUGUUUAAGAUUUCAUCAUUUCAUUUUCAUUUGAUCACUUCAGGAUUUGGUAUCAUGUAGAGUUAACUAAGUGUGAUCUGAGACACUGAAGUUUAUGGAACUCUUCUAUCGAGAUGUAUGAUGUUGCAAAACUGAAUCUACACUGAGCAAUGUCGAUAUAGGGUUAAAAAUAUCUUUUUCUUUAUCAAUAUAAAAGCUGUUGCAUAUUUAGUUUGAUGCUUAAAUGCAGCUGUGGUGAAUAUUUUUAAAUAAAAUGUUUUUGAAACAAUU